ACAUAAUUGCAUAUUUUGGAACAAUACGUUUUCACGCUUUAAAAUAGUUGCUUAUUGUUGGAGUGUAUGAAAUGCUCGUGAUCACCUUGCGUAUGAGGGCUGCGACCUUGACCCCAUCCAGGAUCCAAUGUCCAGUGUCGCACCGGAUUCCGCAGGUCCCUGAAAAAUAGCACUUAUUCCUCUUCAAGAGCUCGAGAAGGGGAGGUGGGGGGAGAUCCGAGAUGUUGCGGAGCGAGUGGAGGAGGAGGGAAAGAGAUAAGUGAUCUAAAGGAGACACGAUAGGACAAAAAGUGAUGAUGAUGAAUACAUUGGAAAGUUUUUUGGCCCUGACGAGGGUGUCAGAUUGAAUGGCCUGUGCGCAUGUGCGAAGGUGUCCAAACUGACAAUGCUCGUGAGAUGAAGAUAGCGCUGCUGCUGCUUCUGAGCUCAAGGAGGACGCGAGGAAUCUACAAGCCGACGAGAUGAGAUCCAAGGCGAGGGCGAGAAAACUGGCCAAAAAUGAAAGUGAGGCAGUAGACAGCAUGUACGACACAGAGCCCAAUCUCGUGACUGGCGAGAGCGCAGAAGAGGAGACAGAAGACAGCAUCAUGUCCCCCAUUGCGGUGGGGCCCUCGUCCCCUCAGCCCUGCAAUGAGGACUUCACUCCUAAAGAGGGCUCACCCUAUGAGGUGCCCGUCUACAUUCCCGAUGAUAUUCCCAUCCCUGCCGACCUGGAGCUCCGUGAGUCGUCCGUUCCAGGGGCUGGCCUAGGAAUCUGGGCCAAAGUCAAAAUUUGCAUGGGCGAACGCUUCGGACCGUACAACGGGCUGCAGAGCGCCACGGUGAAAGAGACCACUUAUGGAUGGGAGGUACGUGGAGAUGAGGUGGCAUGCAUUUUACAUGUUGCUUUUUAUUAG